AUGCCUGAGUCUCCAAGUGAGCUAGGUCAGAUACAAUCCCUCCGCCGUUCUCUCACCCUUCCCACCAAGUUAAAUCCACUGGCGCAACGUCGUUUGAGCGUGCCGAAUACCCCCGAACAUGUAAUUUUUUAUCACCCAUCUGCGAAGAUUGUGCAUUUCUCCCCAAGAGCGCUCGCCCCUAUUCCUUCCAGUUCUGCGCCGUCCGACUUUGACUACCCGGUUGACACCAUCGAAACACUCCCUUGGCGCUCUGCGACUGAAAGAACGGUCGCAACCGCACCACUGAGGCUCGAGAAGGUCCACGGCUCAACAGCAUUUCUGAAAUGUGGAAAUGUGGUCCAUGCGAUCCUGAAAAACUCCCAGUGUUGGUGCGUUGAUGGGGUCUCGAAAUUUGUUUUACGAAUUCGCCCUCUUACAUACUAUCGCAUCGAAUUACCAUACGAGACGGAAGACGAACAGAAUUUGGUGCGCGAUUUAAAGAUCGCGUUACCAACAGUACUUCGGUAUGAGGUCACGCCAUGUCCUUUCAAACGCGCCUUCAGUGUGGAGCUCCCGAACGAUGUGAUGGCACCUCGGCGCAAAAAGGCCUGGCAACCUAAAGACCGGAGAGACAGGGUACCGACUGUUCUAGAACAUCCGCAAGAGACACCGUCACCCUCCUCAAUCAAAUCGGAUUGGGUCGAUUCCGCAAGCACUGGAGAUGACACGGACGGAAACCUAACAGAUGAUAGUUGUUUCACUUCAAACAAAGCGAACAGUACAAUCUUAGGGACAAUUCCUGACCACCGAGAAUCCUCUCCUGUUGAGUCUUUGAGUCCUUCCCCAUAUAUUGGCCCUCCUAGACGAUCGGUGACCGAAAUACCACAAAAUUUCACUAGCCUUCUUGCAAAAUUUGAGGCUACCACAGUCGCGGAGAAUAACCAUGACUCUGAACCCGCGCCCAAGCCAGAGUCUGCACCCAAUACAGAUGCUGCAUUUUCAAUUGAUCAGGGCCUCAACGUUACAGAGCAACUCGAACCUGAGAUUUUAGCCGAUGGUGGAGUUGGAGCCGUAUCAGACGCUCAAGUUAAAGCCGAAGCGCAGCUCGAAACCAAGCCUGUAUCUGGGCUAGAAGCUAUAUCGCCAACCGAACCUUCUAGCAAAGCUGCGGUUGGAGCGAAACCUGUCAUUAUAAUCGAGACUGACACAGCGUUGGCGGCUGAAAUUUCAGAGGAAGCUAUAUCUCGUGCUGAACCUACCAGUGCAGUUGACGCCGAGGCAGUAGUGGAAGGGAAUUCAACGGAUGUUGAAGAAGCUCAACCCGUUCAGCCCACUGCCGAGCCCACACUAGACGUUGACCAUGAUGCGUCCUUUGCAUCUAGCCCGGAGUCAUUCCAUUCUGCUGAGCCUCAAUCGCCAGAUUCGGUCUCUACCCAUCCUACAUCUGUGGGAGGCCAUGAGCUGUCAGAGCCAGUCGAGAUGUUGGAUCUUUCGAGCACAAACCAUAUCAUUUCUGGAUUGGAACCACCACCAGCGGGUGCUUGUAAGACGUCAAAGCUCCCAACACUCAAUAUUCCCCAAAGCGACAACAUCCGAAGCCCGACCAGCGUGCCUACCCCUCCAUUAAUGCAUAGUACAAGUUUGGACAAUCUGCCGCGCCGCUUCGCAGAUGCGUUCUCGGACACCUCGCCCUCAAUGGCCCCUACAAGCAACGUGAAUCCACCCAGUCAUUUUGCCAGUGCAUCUUCAGACGCUCCAAUGCGCACGCAUAUUCAUGCCCAGACCAGUGCAUUGAAUACUGAUUUCGACCACAUGACUGCCGAGUUCCGGCGUCGGGCAAAAGCCACAAGGGAGCGUGACGUUUCUCCUAUGCCUCAUGCUUCGGCAUUGUACCAACCAUCUGGUGAUGAUGGCUCAUCCUUCAUUUCGAAGGCUAUCACCCUAGUAUUGAUUCCCCCAGCCUAUCUUUUUGUCAUUCUCCUUCAUAUCGCUGCGCGCAUUGUCAUCAACCCAGCUGUGCAGCCGGUUAUCAGCUCCACAACGAGCGAACCACAUUCUCGUUCCCAGGGAACAAAGAACGAUCCAGUUACCGAAGAUGACUUCAGCUUUCCACUAGAGCCUCAGACUUCUUCGGAAUACGAGGACGCUGAGAUCUACAAGAAACUUGACCCUUGGGAUCUGGAUUAG